CGCUUAUUUUUAACCAACACGAAGAAGAUGUCACUUCCUCCCAAGCCGUUUCCAUGGCAAUCCAACAUGGCGCCCGGGAGUCAACCAAUCCUGUCGUCCACUCCUCUGCAGGUCCUCCUCUACAUCAACAGCUGGUACUUUGCUGCUUUCUACGUGGCUGAGAUCCUCAUGUUCAUCUAUAAAGGGAUUUUACUGCCGUACCCGUCAGAUAAUCUGGUUCUGGAUGUGGUUCUGCUGCUGCUCUUCCUCGCUCUGGAGACUCUCAGGAUCUUUUACGGUUGGAAGGGGAACCUGUGUGAGCGCUCUCUGGCGUCGUGUGCGUCGCUCUUCAUCCUGCUGCCCUGCGCCGCGCUGGCUGUUUACUACCUGCUGCUGCAGACCUUCGUCCUGCGUCUGGAGUUCAUCCUCAGCGCCGUCCUGCUCUUCUUCUACAGCCUCGAGUUCCUGCUCGGACUCCUCUCCAUAUCCUCCUUCUCCAGGUCCAAAGUUUACUGAAGCAGAAACAUCCGACUUCACCUGAAACAGAACACGGCUUGUAAAUACAUUUUAUAUUUUCAUAUUAAAGUGAGUCUGUUUGA